UUCCAAGUUCUGAGCCGUGUUAGAGAACCGCCGCUUCGCCGUUUGAGUCUUGGUAACGAAGAACAAGGGCUGAUUUGGAAGGUCGACUCCAAAUUUCCGGUGCAUCAGCGCAGGACAGUCCAGCAGGCCGUGUAUGGACUGUCCUGCGAGCUUUAUCGUCUUCCUCGGCGAAGAUCGAAGUGCCGUUGUGUGGGAGUGGAUGCGGGUUAUGGAAGUGCUUGGAAACAGCGUUAUGGAAAGACUUGGAAAUCGACCAAGUUCCGAGAAGCUCACGCGUUUGUCGGUCACGCAGGCAAGAGAGGCCGAAUAGGAAAUUUCUUCCAUCGAAGGUCGGGGAGAGGACAAAAGGAGGCCGGCCAGUGAUCACCCUUUGCCCCGUAGCACUUGCUUAACAUCACCCAAGGCAAACGUCUCGCUUUCACAAACAAGCUAAACACACACUAUGUUCCGCUCGUCAGCAAAGCUUGCAAGGGCUGCCCUCUCCGGCAGGGCCGCCACCGCCAACCAGGUCAGGCACUUUGGUGGCCACAAGGAGAUCAUGUUUGGCCAGGAGGGCAGGCAAGGUCUCGCUCGUGGUGUCGACAUCCUCGCAAAGGCUGUCGCCGUGACCCUCGGACCUAAGGGAAGGAACGUCCUCAUUGAGCAAUCAUAUGGAUCUCCAAAGAUCACCAAAGACGGUGUGACUGUUGCCAAGUCCAUUGUCCUAGAGGACAAGUUCGAGAACUUGGGUGCUCGUCUUGUGCAAGACGUUGCUAACAAGACCAACGAGACUGCUGGAGACGGAACCACCACUGCCACCGUGCUGACCCGUGCCAUCUUCACCGAAGGUCUGCGGAACGUUGCUGCCGGUGUCAACCCCACUGAGAUGAGGAAGGGUGUCCAACAAGCCGUCGACACCAUCGUCAAGGUUCUCCAGGACAACAAGCGCAACAUCACAACGUCCCAGGAGGUCGCACAGGUUGCUACCAUCUCCGCCAACGGUGACAAGCACGUCGGUGCGUUGAUUGCUCAGGCUAUGGAGAAGGUGGGCAAGGAGGGUGUCAUCACCGUCCAGGAAGGCAAGACUCUCGUCGACGAACUCGACAUCACCGAGGGUAUGCGCUUCGACCGCGGAUACAUUUCUCCAUACUUCAUCACCGACACCCGCACCCAGAAGGUUGAGUUCGAGAAGCCUUUGAUCUUGCUCUCCGAGCGCAAGAUCUCGCUUCUCCAGGAUCUUCUCCCCGCUCUUGAGGUCGCCGCUACCCGUCGUCGCCCUCUUCUCAUUGUUGCUGAGGACGUUGACGGUGAGGCGCUUGCCGCAUGUAUCCUCAACAAGCUCCGUGGACAGGUCCAGGUUUGCGCCGUGAAGGCUCCUGGCUUCGGAGACAACCGUAAGGCCAUCCUCCAGGACAUGGCCAUCCUGACCGGCGGGACGGUCUUCAGCGACGAGGUCGACCUCAAGCUCGAGAAGUGCACGCCAGAAGACCUCGGAGCCGCCAACUCCGUCACUAUCACCAAGGAUGACACCAUUUUCCUCAACGGAGCUGGCUCCAAGGAUGCCAUCAGCCAGCGCUCUGAACAACUCCGCUCUCUCAUCAACAACACCACCUCCGACUACGAGAAGGAGAAGCUGCAAGAGCGUCUCGCCAAGCUUGCUGGCGGUGUCGCCGUCAUCAAGGUCGGUGGCUCCUCCGAGGUCGAGGUCGGCGAAAAGAAGGACCGAUUCGUCGAUGCUCUGAACGCUACGCGCGCCGCUGUCGAGGAGGGUAUUGUCCCCGGUGGAGGCACAGCCCUCCUCAAGGCCUCUAAGUUCCUCGCCAACAUCAAGCCCGAGAACUUUGACCAAUCCCUCGGUAUCGACAUUGUCCGCAAGGCCGUCCUCGCCCCUUGCAAAACCAUCGUCAACAACGCCGGCGAGGAAGGAUCCGUCGUCGUCGGUCGCCUGCUCGAGUCCUACAACAUCCCCGCGGAAGGCACCUCUGCCUCUGCCGACUCCUCGAACUUCAACUACGGAUACAACGCCGCCACGGGAACGUACGUCGACAUGAUCAAGGAGGGUAUCAUUGACCCUCUCAAGGUCGUCAGGACCGGUCUCGUUGAUGCUUCCGGUGUCGCUUCCCUGCUCACCACAACCGAGUGCAUGAUCGUCGACGCACCAAAGAAGGAGGGUGCUGCGCCUAUGGGUGGCAUGGGUGGAAUGGGCGGUAUGGGCGGCAUGGGUGGCAUGAUGUAGAGAGCGUUUUCCAACAUUUCAUAUCCAUCCCUUCAUCUCUUGCAUCUCAUCAUCCCCGCAUCGCAUCACAUCAUUCCUUAUCUAUAAUCGCGUCAAUUGGGCGCCUCUUAGCUUCGAAUCGAGUAGAUAGCCGUCGCU